GUGUUGAGCAAUAAGAUUAGCUAGCCAAACUGGUGAUCCUCUGUGUAUUCAGUACGUGUCAAGUUCCAUAGCCAUGUGUCUGUCAGAGAACCUGACACUUCUAUCAUCAGUCUCUCUGUAUAUUAUUUUCAAACGGUGCGGAAGAAUAAGUACUUUAGUGUUCAGUGUCUAUAUGACUGAAAGUAGACUUUUGAUGUCAGAAGGAGCUCAAAGAAGUUGAAAAUGGCGGCAAUGUUAUUCUUGCCAAAGAGGUUUUCUAAAACUUCUCCCAGACACUUUCCCAGUUGUUUCCAAUCUGCAACUCGUUGCCACUCCACUGCUUAUGAACGUGCAGAAGUAUUUCUUCACGGUCCAUAAGUUAUUGAUAUUUUGUUUGCAAUUGUGUUAAUUCUUAUUCUUUGUAUGACCAAAAUAUGUUAAUAAAAAUUAUUGUUGAAAAUAUGAUUCUAAAAAUGCAGGGUAGCAAUGCCGUAGCAGGAGCAACAAGCCUUUGAUGUGGGAGAGGGAAAAGGAAGUAGUCCAAGACAGUUUGUAGCAGAUACAGCGAAAGAGGGAGUGAAGAAGGCAGUGGAGAUGGCAGAAAAUGUUGGAGACACAGCUAAGAAAACAAUGGAUGGUGCAUGGAAAGCAGCCAAGGAAGGUGCUGAAAAUCUCAAGAAAACAGUAGGUGUUCACCAUAUUGAUGAGGAUGAUGAAGGUUAUAAUUUUAAUAAUGAUGACAUUCGUGAGGAUCCUGCAGUUAUUGAGGUCUGUAAGAUUGAUGAUCCUAUUGACACUCCGGAAUAUAGAAGCAUUGAAGAAGUGAAUAGAGCAGGAGGAUACGAUAAGGUCCACUAUGGUUAAAUAUUUUUGGUUUUCAAAGCUUUCCUUUUUUGCUUAAUUAUAUGUUGUAACAUAAGCAUGUAUUGAAGAAGUUAAGGUUUUCUAGGGCUUACAGAUGAGGGAUUUUGUAGUUUUGUAUUAUAAUCAAGGGUGAAAGAAGGAGAUUUUAAGUGUUUGAAGUCAUUUUAGUUGUUGGAUUUGUGCAUUAAGAGUUUUGGGAUGCCAUCAUUUUGAUAUAGAAAGUGGCUAAAAUUUGUCAGUUGGCCACAAUGGAAAAAAGAAUCAGAUGCGCUAGUUGUCUGCUUUCUAGCC